UUGGCUUUGGGUGUUGUGACGGGGGCCAGGUUUCGACUUUCUUUUCUGAUACGGAGUACUUAUAUCCAUAUCACUCUAUAGAUUUCGGGAAAGGUUUUUUCUACGGCUAGCUCAAGCUCACAAUUUUGAACUGAAUGUUGGGGUAUUUUUCUGCUUCUGUAUCCCGUACUGUACACACAACGUGCGCCGCACACGAUUAGUUGGAAUCCCCUCUAUAGCAAUGGAGAAACCACCACUUCCACAGGUAAUACGAACUGAAUCCUGGCUCGAAACAACGUAGCAGAUUAUCUCCGGCACUGAUUAAUCUGUAUGGGUUCAUGAGAUGAAAACACAACGAACUAGGUAGUUCGGUUCUUGCAUCGUGGGAUUGGGCCAGCGCUGCAUGGUCGCAUACCCUGACAGAGAACUGUGUCAAUUCCAGCUUCGAGAUUUUGUUUUCUUUCUGGUUGGCUGGCCAUCUGACAGGUCGCAUUGGUUGGCUGCUGGUUGGUUCUUCAAUCCCAGUGGUUGUGGGUUUAUUUAAUGGCGCUUGGGAGUUUGUUGGCGGCUGGUUGCCGUGGCAUCGCUAGGGUUGCAGCGGUGGGGGAGAAGCCGAAGUGGUUUCUUGCGGAUUUGCGAUCGGUUUGAAUCAUGUUUCCUUCUUUUUUCUUUUUUUUUUCGGUUAAUUUACUCAAAAUACCUUGAAGGAUCCGGAAUAGGUUAACGACGUUUGCUUGAUAAUAAUAAAUGAGAUUGCUGUAGAUCGGGUUGAAUAAACAACAUUUCAGCGGAGUCUGAGCCCAUCUGGCGACAAACAAUCGCUCUCUUGAGUAACUACUUGUCAUCCAUGCGAAGCCGAAGCGUAUAUCACCACCACUUUAUACCCCAAUCGAUAUCCCAUUCGUACCCGAUAUAAUAUAAAUCAAUCGCUCCAUCCCCGCGGGGUCCUUACCCGCCGAUUCACGACGAAGAAGCAAUGCGACUACAAACCCUCUCACUCCUCCCGCUGCUGCUCCUGACCCCAGCCGGCGCCGAUAAUACCAAUUCAGACACCUUUCCCUUCUAUCAACCGCAAUUCAACGAUAAUACUAAUACUAAUACUAAUACUAAUAAUAAUAAUAAUAAUAAUAACAAUGCAAACCUCAUCCUCCUCGAUAGCCGCAGGGCGAAGGAGGCCGCAGCACUGGCAAAGCGACAGGGGACUUGUCCAGCUGGAUUCAACAGCUGUGCCCUCCUCGGUGCGCCGGAGGCAUGCUGUCAUCCCAAGGCUGUCUGCUCGCGCGACGAUGCGAAUAUCAUCGCCUGCUGUCCUAGCGGGGCGGCGUGUACGGGCCGUUUGUCGGACUCCGCCCAAACCUCCUCCUCUGGCUUCAUGUUCCCCCAACCCGGCACCUCAGCAACCACCACGCCCCCAACAGACCCCACCAGCACCCGCCCAGUAGUGCCCAACGCCCUCUUCCCCUUCCCCAUCAUCCCCACCACCUUCUCAAACCAGGACGCCUGCGUCUCCGCCUACACAGACUGCCAGGUGCAGUACUCCAGCUGCACGGCGUCGCUGGGCGGAGUGAAUGGCGUGACGAUUGGGGGUGCGGGCGGUAUAACUGUACCAGGCGUGCAGCCGACGGCCGGGAAUCCGGUAUCCGUGUGCUCUAGUUUGAGCACGGAGGCGUGUCAUGGGUUGCAGGUGGGGUAUUGUACGGCGUUUAGGGAUGGGGUGGGAUCUGGGUGUGUUGCGGCGAGGGGCGGUGGUGGGUUGUUGUAUGAUAUUGUGGUUGGGGUUGCGGUCGCGAUUGCCGGGAUGGUUGUUUAAUAUUUUUCUUUCUAUAUUUUGCUUUACAUGACGAUGGGUUUUGUUUAUAGUUUUGUUCCUGAUUAUUUUAGCUUUUUUUUAUUUUCAGUUUUUUUUCCCCAUGUUCUGCUCUUUUACUCCUUCUUUUCAUUAUUGUCUCUUUCUCAUCAGUGCUGAGAGCUAAGGAUAUAUUACCAUGGCUCCUGACGACAAUUGUAUAUGUGAAUAUUUUAUAGCUUCCAAGUGGAAAUUCUUCAGUACUUACUGCCUUUGGCUACUUUCUAUUUCCAACCUUUUGAAUAUCAGAUAGUCCCAGUCCCAGUCAAAUCAUCCAUAUAAAAUAUAUGUCCGGCUCUACCCAGUUCCUCC